CGCAGACUAGUUAUGCACUACGCCUCUAUUAUAAAAACCCUCGCGCCUGUAAAGCUUCCAUCAACAACAAGCUCACACUCCUUAAGAUACCACCAAAAUGGCAAGCGGCACUAGGAGAGUUGCUUUGUUAUCUUUACUUUGUCUUCAUGUUUUUGUAGUGAGUGUGGUUGCAAGGAACGUGGUGAGUGUGAAGAACGAGGAGGAAAAGUUUCUAACCAUUCAGAAGGGAGGUGGGUUUGGUGGGGGAGGUGGAUUUGGAGGUGGAGGUGGUGCUGGCGGUGGGUUUGGAGGUGGUGCUGGUGGUGGGUUCGGUAAGGGUGGCGGCAUUGGUGGUGGAAUUGGUAAGGGUGGUGGAGUAGGAGGUGGUGCUGGUGGUGGCUUUGGCAAGGGUGGUGGCUUCGGCAAGGGGGGUGGCAUUGGUGGUGGGAUAGGUAACGGUGGCGGUGUAGGAGGUGGUGCCGGUGGUGGCUUUGGCAAGGGCGGUGGAGUUGGAGGGGGUGCUGGUGGUGGCUUUGGUAAGGGUGGUGGAGUUGGUGGUGGUGCCAGUGGUGGAUUUGGUAAAGGUGGAGGCAUUGGCAAGGGUGGUGGAUUUGGAAAAGGUGGUGGAAUUGGUGGCGGUCAUGGUGGUGGAAUUGGUGGUGGUCAUGGUGGAGGUGUUGGAGGAGGAGCUGGUGGUGGAUUUGGAAAAGGUGGUGGAAUUGGUGGCGGUCAUGGUGGUGGAAUUGGUGGUGGUCAUGGUGGAGGUGUUGGAGGAGGAGCUGGUGGUGGAUUUGGAAAAGGUGGUGGAAUUGGUGGUGGUCAUGGUGGAGGUGUUGGAGGAGGAGCUGGUGGUGGAAUUGGUGGUGGUCAUGGCGGAGGUAUUGGAGGAGGAGCUGGUGGUGGACUUGGUGGCGGUCAUGGUGGUGGUGCUGGAGGAGGAUUCGGCAAAGGUGGUGGAGUUGGUGGUGGGGGUGGUUUUGGAAAAGGCGGCGGCAUUGGAGGAGGGAUUGGUAAAGGUGGAGGAUUUGGUGGCGGCAUUGGAGGUGGAUCUGGUGGUGGUAUCGGUGGAGGAGCAGGUGGGGGUAGUGGAGUUGGUGGAGGAGUUGGUGGAGGAGCAGGUGGAGGUGGUGGAUUUGGUGGAGGAGCAGGUGGAGGUGGUGGAUUUGGUGGAGGAGCAGGUGGAGGUGGUGGAUUCGGUGGUGGUGGCGGCUUUGGUGGAGGAGGCGGUGGUGGGAUUGGACACCACUAAACCUCACAUUGCAUGGAGUCUCAUAUUAAGAAUGAGAUUUUUUUUUUUUUUGGUCAAGAGUGAAACAAAAUAAGAAUGGGAUAUAUUACUAAUUAUUAGCUUCAUGUAUUUCUGUAUCAGUAAUUUAAAAUAUUUUAUAGUUGCACUGGUAAUUACCAAGUCUGUUUAAUAUGCUUAUUCUUGUUUGGAUCACAUUUGGUGAUGCCGAAAUAUAUAUAACAAUAAUAUAGAUUAUUCUUCUUAU